UUUCGAAACUCACCGGAUAUGACUACCCCCUUCUACUCCAUUCAUCAAGAGGCCGAUCAGCUGGCUUUCCCCCACCGGAGUUUAUAUUUCUUAACUUUAAACCUCCCCGGGACGUUAUUGUAGCACAUUAUGUCUGCCAACAAUAUGUCGGAUCCGAGGAGAACGAAUAAGAUUUUAAGGUACAAACCCCCCAGCACAGAGACCAAUCCUACACUGGAGGACCCCACACCCGACUACAUGAACCUGCUCGGCAUGAUCUUCAGCAUGUGUGGACUGAUGCUCAAGCUGAAGUGGUGUGCCUGGAUCGCGGUCUACUGCUCUUUCAUAAGCUUUGCAAAUUCAAGAAGUUCAGAGGACACCAAACAGAUGAUGAGCAGCUUCAUGCUGUCCAUCUCAGCAGUGGUGAUGUCCUACCUCCAGAACCCACAGCCAAUGUCGCCGCCAUGGUAACUAAGGACCAAUUGCAGAAGAGCAUGGAAGUGAAUGGCGGACGCUGGAGUGGUGGUGAUGAGACAGCUGAUUGCACCCCCUGGCCAUCGUUGAGAAAAAACAGACACAGAAAAGAAGAUAAUAUAAUAGAAGGAGAAGGAUAAAGAGGAACCCAAGAGGGGGGGGACAAUAAAGAGACACUACGUAAAGACGGAGACAUCAAGUUGUCUUUGACUGCCUUCUCAUGUUUUUUUCUCUUUUUAACCUUUUCUAACUUUGUUUGUUGAUGAAAAACUUUACUGUUUGGCUGAUCUGUUGCAGAAUGUCAUUAAUAAAGUAUGAUUUUAAAAAGGAA